AUGGAACGAAAAAAAUCCUCGGUCGAGUCAGCCAAGGAUAUAGAGUGCAGAACUGUCAAAUACGAAGACGAGGUAUCGUCAUGGAAGUUUUGGAAGAAAAGACGAUACAUAGUCGGGAUAUUGGCGUUCCUCGGAUUCUUCACGUCGUACAUUCUUCGCGUGAAUUUGAGCGUAGCCAUUGUCGCGAUGACUGCAAAAGUCACGAAGGUCGACGCAGAAGGAAAUUUGUAUUCCGAUAGCGAGUUCGAUUGGGAUUCGAAAACGCAAGGACUGAUUCUGAGUUCAUUCUUCUACGGAUAUAUAAGCACGCAAUUACUCGGAGGAUGGCUUGGAGCUCGCGUUGGCGGGAAAAGGGUGUUCGGUAUCGGAAUCGCAGCCACAGCAUUCUUCACAAUUAUCACGCCGCCAUUGACCAGAAUAAGUGUCUACUUUUUGAUCAUAUUGAGGAUAGUCGAAGGGGUUUUCGAGGGCGUCACGUUUCCUUGUAUACACGCGAUGUGGGCGCACUGGGCACCACCGCUGGAAAGGUCGAAGCUAGCAACCCUCGCGUUCUCCGGAAGUUUUUUUGGAACUGUGUUCGCGAUGCCUGUCGCCGGUAUAAUGGCCGAACGCCUUGGCUGGUCCUCCAUUUUUUACGUGUUCGGAGCAGCGGGCCUUGUAUGGUUCUUCUUCUGGUGGAUAAUCGUGAAGGAUAAACCGGAGGACGAUCCAUAUAUCUCCGAAGCAGAACUUCGAUAUAUUAAAAGUAGCAUUGGGGAUUCAAAUAAAAAGGAAAAAAUUACUCAUCCAUGGAAAGAGAUGUUCACAUCUCCACCAGUGUGGGCGAUCAUUGCAGCUCAUUUUAGUGAAAACUGGGGUUUCUAUACUAUGCUCACUCAACUUCCAACAUUUAUGAAUGAUGUACUCAACUUCAAAUUGGAUAAGACUGGAUACUUAUCCGCCCUGCCAUAUCUAGCUAUGACUGUCGUUGUUCAAUUUUCUGGACACUUAGCGGACUACUUAAGAACGAAGAAAAUUAUGACAACUACACAGGUCCGCAAACUAUUUAACUGUGGAGCUUUUGUGUUCCAAACAAUAUUCAUGACGUGUACAGGUUUCAUCUUUACCCCCGCAGGAGUGGUUAUUUGUAUUACACUAGCAGUUGGUAUUGGUGGUUUUGCUUGGUCCGGCUUCGGAGUAAACCAUUUAGAUAUUGCUCCUAAGCAUGCAAGUGUAUUGAUGGGAAUAGGAAACACUAUUGCUACUUUACCUGGUAUUGUUAGUCCAAUCAUUACUGGCUAUAUUGUUCAAAAUCAUAGCCCAACAGAGUGGCGUAUAGUUUUCAUAAUUGCUGGUGUAGUUUAUUUAUUUGGAGCAGUUAUAUAUGGAUUAUAUGCAUCUGGUGAAAAACAAAGUUGGGCAGAUGAAGAUCAGGAAAUGAAGAAGAAACAGUCUUAUAGUAACCCUGCCAUGGAAGUGGAUAAUUUAUAA